AUGCCGUUGCCACCUAAGCUCACCAACAUUGCCAUCGAUAUCGACAGCGAGGCAAUUGCCAUCGUCAAGUUUAACCGGCCGAAGAAUGCCAAUUCAUUGAAUACGCCUGUUUUAAAGGUCAGUCCGUCAUUCCGCCCGAUAGAUACUAGGAACGAUGCUGAUUCGUUACGACGUCGAAGGACCUGCUCGCUGCUCUGCGAUGGGCGGAAGCGGAAGAUGCCAUCCGCAUCAUCGUCACGACGGGCGAAGGGAAAUUCUAUACUGCGGGUCUCGAUUUGAUGGAGGCUAGUAGGGAGCAGGAGGGCACGGUGAUUUCGGAUGAGUUUUGCGAUACGUUGAGGUGAGUGAGUGCGUGCGAUUAAACGAGCUGGAGACGAAAUGCUGGUGAUGCUAAUGAUGAUGAUGAUGAUGCUCGUGAAGCGCCAUCCACGAGUCCCUCAUCCAGACCAACAAGUUGGUAAUCAGUGCCGUCAAUGGGCCGGCACCCGGUAAGCGUCUCCCGGAUGCAUCAUCAAGUAGUAGUAAUAUGCUAAAGGAUAUUAUAAUCUCAGGCUGGGGCACAACGUCGCUCACUCUGAGCGACCUCGUCUACGCCACGCCCGAUUCCGUCUUCUUCACCCCCUUCGUCCAGUGGGGUCUCUGCGCCGAAGGCUGCAGUUCCACCACCUUCCUGCGCAUCAUGGGUCGCCAGAAAGCUUCCGCGCUCAUCCUGGCGGGCUCUCGCAUGACGGCCCACGACCUGGACGCCAUGGGCCUCGUCACCAAGAUUCUGCCCCAGGAAGGCUUUCUCGAUGGAGUGCUGGAGAUCGCGAGGGGCACCGCCCGGUUGCCGAAGCAGAGUCUGCAGGUCAACAAGGCUUUGAUGAUGAGGACUUCGAGAGCGGAGUUGCUGGAGACGAAUCGGGUGGAGAUGGAAGCUUUGAGGAAGCAGGCGAGAGGGGAGGAGAGUAGGAAGGCUAUUGGAGCGUAUGUGGCGGAGACGGAGAGGAAGAGGAAGGAGAAGGCAGCCAAGAUGUGA